ACACAUCAAAAAUGUUGGCGUAUACCGAUGUUUUGUUACACACAUUUCCCGCAUAAGAAAUAACUCUAAAUUAAAAUAUACUUGUAUAACCAAAAAAAACAAUUGAACAACGCAUGUUUAAACAACAAGUUCCAGUGGAAAAUGGCAGAACUUUCUGGGAAAUACUUGGCCAUUGAAAAUGCAGCCAGUGGUUUAAGCUCGAGCACCGACAACAAUGAAAUAUCCAAGGAUCCAAAACAAGGAACUAAGCUCAAGGAAAGUGCUUCGUUCGCAGGUUUUGGAUCCCAUUUUGUCGGUCUAACGCUUCAUUCGGAGAGGAGAAGGAGGGUUUCUGGCGGGGAUUGCGAGUACCAUCAGCAGCCCAAUUUACUGCGAAAUCCGUUGGUCGUCAGGAGUGGCCAUCUUCCAGACGACGAAGAGUGCCAUCCCAGUUGUCCUUACCGAGGAAAUUAUCAGACACAAAACACUUGCCCGCAGCCAUCGAAUCAAUAUUAUAAUCAGAACAAUCAGUGUUCAGAACCUGCACACAAUCACUCCAGUUAUUAUGACAAUAGAAACCAUAGAACACACCAGCAAAACCAUGGAGCACCAUGUCACCAAUGCUAUGAGCAACAGACGCGCACCCAGGUGCGGUCCCAAUCCCAGCCAAGGGAUCGACAUGGAAGUGAAUGUGGAUGCGAUCGGCCAGCGGGCAGGAGAGCCUACAGGACACCCUCCUCGCACUACAUGGAAUACAGGGAGUUUCAGCACAGUCCCAAAAAGAAUCCUGCUGUAGAAAAGCAUAAGUACAGUGAAUAUCCUGCAGACUCGCAGCGUAGGAAUCGAUUGCAAAAGAAGACCUCCGAUUGCAGUUGUGGAUGUCCAGAACCGUUGCCAGAACGCAAACGAGUUCAGAAAACCAAACGCCUGCAAAAGCAGCACUCCGAAUGUAGCUGUGAGUCUGAGGAAAAGCAGCAGGUUCAGAGGAGCAAACGAAUGAAGGUAUCAUCCUCCGAUUGCAGCUGUGAGGUUGAACGUGCACCAAAAAGGCCGCCAGUUCAUAGGAAGACUACACCGGACAAAGCUUAUUACCUAAGGAAACCCACUCCAGCGGCUCAAUCAUGUCCCGUUCGCUGUCAUGCUCGCUCCCACAUCCAAGGACCAGCACCUCCACCUCCACCACCUGUGCCCAAGCGAAAGUGUCCUGCUGCUGCACCGCCACCGGUUUCCAAGAAACCCACACCCAAAACCAAGCCAACCUGCACACCAAAAGCUAAAGCAAGUUCACCAAGGAAAGGAUGUAGUGCCUGCAAUCGCUGUUCCGACGAGGAAAGCGAUGCCACCGACUACUUGGAGCACAGUCGUUCCCAAACGCAGGUACUUAGGAAUCCACUGGUUCAGUCUCGUUCCUAUGAUGAUCAUGGAGCGCCUCCCUACGAGAGCUGCAGUGAGGAGUGUCCUGCCCAGCGAAGAGCACGAUCGCCAAGUUGCAAGCGAACCAAGCCGGAAAACCGCAGUCGUUCCUGCAAGGAACCGCCAAUCUGCUCCAAUGAAACGCUGAUGGAGAAGCCCGUGAAAAGCUAUCGAUUCAAUUGCCCAGAGAAUGGCAAAUGUGCGUCGUGUCGCAAACUAUGCCCGAAUUGCAACAAGGUUCUGGCCCAAAAGAAGAAGACUCCCUCGGCCAAGAAGUACGCUGCAUCGGUGGCCCAAAAAUGCUGUCCCAUGUGCGGAUUGCUACCCAUGAUGCCAAACAUUUCCAUUCCAAACGUGGCCAGUGGCAACCGCAUCAUCUACAAGACCUUGGGAAGAUGUCGACCGAGGAAGUUGCCCAAGUCCAGAUACGAAUUGACCAUUUGCUGCAAGAAGCGCUGCCAGGGAGGUCGCAACUCGCACUACAUGACCGGCACUAUUGCCACGGGCUUGAAGAGAAGGGCCAAGGCGGCGAUGACUGGGGUUAAUCCGGUGGCGCCAUCAGGGAUGUCAAGUCAUAGACAGGGUGUCAGAGCAUCUCCUUCUCCAGCUCAAAACAUGCCCAGUCAUCAUCCGGUUUACCAGUCGACAGGACAUGUAAGGAGUCCGAGCAAAGCAGGUCACUCUAGUCCAGCAACUUCUGGCCAGCAACGUGAGAGACCAGCUGCUCCACCACCAUUUAAGAUGCGCUCUCCUUCUGCCAACCUGGUGCAGAAGUCCGAGAAACGGGAAAGGGAGCAGAUUCCUUACCAGGAAAGGACAAGGGCUGCACUGCCCGUGGUAGAGAUCCAUAGUUCCGUUAGAGGUUCCUCGCAUCCCAGGGAACAUGCCCACUCCUAUAGAGCUCAACCAGAACCAGGACCAUCAAGUAGAGCAGAACAGAAUAGAACAGAACCACCAGCAUCCAUUAAAUCCAGAACUGAACCGCCUGAGAUACCAGCAUCCUUAGUAGCACCCGCUUCCAUGGAUGCGGAUAUUAAUGAGUCCGUUCGACGUGGAGCUUCCUACUUGGGCACCGAGUUGAAUCCCUUCUACAGAGGCAGUUUCCUAAGAGUACGUCAGUCAAGGGAUUCACCUCAGACCCGCUUGAGUCCCAUUCACCAGCGCGGGGAGAAGAUCUCGAAGGUGCCGAAGUCGCCAAAAAUUCCGGGAAUGGGUAUGCCCGUAAAAUAUACGAAACUAAGUCAGCUGCAGGCAUGGGUAUUUGGAGACCCCUUCGUAAAGGGUAACAACGAUUCGGGAGCCUGGAGCUGGCGGCAGAUUUUUGGCCGCAGAAAGAAGCGCUCCACGGCCAAGGAUAAACCUGCCAAAACAGUGGAGGCGACCAGUACAUAGGCCUAGAGU